UGUUGUAAUAACAGUAGCCUAGCGCAGCCAGACACACGCCACCCAGGUCAUCAAAUGCCACUCCGAAGGAACUCCGAAGUGCAGGUGGAAGGCACCAACACCACCGUCCAACUACGUGACUUGUUCAACGCUGGCCGCUGGAAGAAACCCUUCACAUUCAAACACUUUUUGUUUGCCCUCUAUCUGCCAUUUGGUCUGGCGUUGUGGCCAGUCAGAUUGAUGUUCAAUGUGUUGGUGUUCUCAUUCCUGCUGGUGAUUCCCAAGCGUCUGCGAUUCCUCACGCCUCCCCUCAUCGCACUGAGCAUGGGCGUGAUCACACGGGUAAGGGGUCGCCACAACCUACCCAGCAGGAACAAUCCCAACGCCGGCCGCAUCAUUGUCUGCAACCAUCUCUCAGACUUUGAUCCAUACCCCAUCUACAUGAUGCUGGACUAUUUCCACGUGUUGGUGGCCGCACAUAUUGCCAACGUGCCAAUCAUUGGCAACGUCUAUCGCAAGAUGGACGCCAUAUACGUCGACCAGGCCAACCGUGACAAGGCCCGUCUGGACGUGAUGGAGGCACUGAGCAAGACAAACAUCCCUCUGCUCAUCUAUCCAGAGGGCGGCCUCACCAGCGGCAAGACUGGACUGAUGAUGUUCCAGAAGUUUGUCUUUGGUCUUGGCCACGGCGUCACGCCCAUCUCGAUGCGCCUCACAUCGCCAUGGCCCAUCAACGUCGACUAUCUUGGCAGCAACUGGUUCAAGAACUUCUUCUGGUGGAUCAUGGUGCCCUUCCACAUCUUUGAGCUCAACGUGCUGCCCACAGAGUUCAUCAAGGACGGCGAGACAGACAUGGACUUUGCCAAGCGCGUCCAGUCCAUCAUUGCCAAGGACCUACGAAUUGAAGCCACCUCCCAUCCAUACGCACAAAAGAGGGAGUUGGUCAAGGAGAUGCAGAAUGCCAAACAAGCCAAGAGA